UCCGCCGGUGAAACUGCUACAUCGUUCAGCAAAUUUGUUGUGUAUCGUGUCUCCAAUGAUUGUGUUUUGUGUGUUGCAGAGCUUCCCCGUUUAAGAAGUGAAAAGUCCACAAGUCGGUUCUGACCUUCAUUCACUGCUUUUGAGGAAGAGAUUGAGUUUUCAAUCCCCUGCCUGCCAUCAUGUCGAUCUACAUCGCUGUCCACUUUCUGGUCGAUCAGGUGUACGACCACCCAAACUUGUCUGUCGUUUUGUCAGUUAGCUCCCUUCUUCUGUGGCUUUGCGUUCGACGGCCCUACGAUAUUCCACCGAAUCCAUGGUUCAUUUUCCCCAUUGUGGGGCACAGACCUUUAUUAAGGGGUGACCCUAUCAUGAUACUGCGUCGUUUGAGGAAAGAGCUUGGAGAGGUGUUUAGUGUUUAUGUGGAUGCUCAGCUGGUGAUAGUAGUCAAUGGAAUGGCUGCCAUCAAAGAAGCAUUCAUGACUCGAGGGGAGGAAUUUCACUGGAGGCCAAACACUCGAGUUUGUGAUUUGUUCCAUUAUGGUGUCCUAUGCAACUCUGGACGCGAGUGGCGGGAGCAGAGGAGAAUCACAGAGGCUGGCUUACAGCACAUCAAAUCCAGUGUUAUCCCAUUAGUCAGAAGGGAGGCUGCAUGUCUUGUGUCGGCGCUGAAAGAAAAAGAUGGUGAAGCCUUUGAUUCAAAGGUACUGAUGGAGAGUGCUGUGUUCAACGCCCUCACGUCUGUGAUCUGUUCCCGCCGCAUGGAGUACUCGGACGUGAGGUUCGAGAAAGCCAUGUCGCGCUUCAAGGAGAACCUGGAGCUUUUCUCGGACACAAAGUUCCCGAAUUUCUUCCCCUUUCAAAAGUUUCUGAUGGGAGACUUUUUCGACGUGAAGUUCCUGCGCAUCAACAUGACGGAGAUUCACCAGAAGAUCAUCAACCCGGUGUUUGAGGAGCACAGGGAGGAGUAUAGCGAAGACAAGGUGGUGGACUUUCUGGACGUCUACCUCUCAGAAAUGAAACAGAAGAAAGACGUGAAAGGCACCACUGUUGAAGAGAAAAGUUGCCAGGCCGUGCUCUACGACAUGUUGUGGCACGGGACAACUGUGACAGCCGCCACCCUCCAGUGGGCCUUAGUCUUCCUCCUUGGCAAUCCCGAUGUGAAGGAGAAGCUACAGGAGCAGUUGGACCUGCUCUUUACCUCGAACGAGGCCGAGAGGGAGAAGGAAAAAGAUGGGAAAGAUUCCAGUGCCCAGAUGCCACCUCCAGAGCUGCCCACCUACGUCCAAGCGUUCAUCCAUGAGGUCCAGCGAUGUGCCAACGUCUGCCAGAUCUCAAUGGCUCAUGCCGUUGCCAAGGAGAAGUUUCUCAAAGGUUACAGGGUACCGGGUGAUGCUGUGAUUCUUCCGAACUUGGACUCUCUGAUGAUGGAUGCUGACAUCUGGGGUGAUCCCUUCGUCUUCCGCCCCGACAGGUUCAUCAAUGCUGAUGGGAAAAUUUCAGUGCCAACUGAGUUUAUUCCUUUCUUCCUCGGCAUCCGGGGAUGUCCAGCCUCAGGCAUUGCCCAAAGCAUCCUGUCCACGUUCCUGGCCUCAAUCCUCUUCAACUUUGACCUGUCGCCAGAGGUGGAAGGUCAGCCACCAGCCACCACUCGCCAGAAAGGACUCGUCCCAUUACCUCCAGACUUUAAAUCAAAAUUCACGCUCCGACGAUAGAUGCUCAAAUUUGUGUGCUGCAUGUUCUCUUAUUCAUAUGUUUCUGUGUUUGAUAGAGAAAAGCGAAAAGACAGAGAGGAGGGGGAGGGGAUGAGAGAGAGAGAGAGAUAAAGUGGUAGAAAGUGGUGUAAGAGGGAAAGUCCGAGAGAAAAAUGUGGAUUGAUCAGAUUGAUAGAUUGACUCAUAAAAGAAUUUGAUUGUUCAUGCAAAAUGAGAGCAAGAUGAGAUGAUGAGAGGAGGAGGGAGAAAUGGAGAGAGAGAGAGAGAGAGAGAGAGUUACGGAGAAAGUAAAAGUGAUUUAAUCAGACUGGCUUGCGUUGUAAGCGAUUCGUGAUUCACAUAUGGAGAGUCUUAACUCGUUCUGAAAGAAAAGUGAGAAAGUGCAAAAACUUUCACUGUGUUUGGUGAAGACUGUCGAAUCUGUAAGCUGAACUUAUUUGUUAACUCUUGAAUGUUUUUUUUCAAACUUUGAAUCGUUGCUGAUGAUAUUAUUAUGUCACUGUUCUUUUUUUUUUUUUAGACGCUGUCUUAGAUACUAUGCCUUUUUGUUAUUUGUUUUUAGCUCCCACCUAUUGCGUACUGUCAUGGGACGAUCAUAGUUAGUUGUUUAAAGUGUCUGAAAUUUUGUUGCCUCUCUAUUUUCUGUACCACUCAAAUGUUUAAGACUGUCUUCCCUGUAUUACUGCAUGUGAAUUUAUCUUCAACAGCUUAUCUGGGUAGUUCUGGUGAUGAUGGUUCUAAGGUUUGGCAAACAUCUGCUGGUUGCUGAAUGCGCGUGCGUUGUUUUGUGUUCUGAAAAUGUUUUGGAUGUCUGUGAUGGCCUCUAUAUCUCUCAUUGGAUCUUUAAUUUUUUAACGUAAGGGGCUCUGGUUGCUGUUUGUGAAAAACCCCCCAAAAAACUUCUACUUUUAUAGUGUGAUUUGCUGACUUUGUUUCUGUUCGUUCAAUUUCUGCUCUUUAUUUUGGAAAUGACUUUAAUCUUUUUUUUUUUUUUCUAUUUUGUUGCACCUCUUUGUUUUGCCAAAGAUCUGAUGGAGUCCUCCACUUCGUACCUUACUGCUAAUUCUAUAUGAUUUUAGUCUCCUGAAGUCAUUGAUGCUAUUGUAAUAAUGUUGAUUUUGGUUGAUUUGUCCUCUGAGACAAGAGUUUCAUAUCAGGGAUGUAUAUUUGUUGAAAGUGUAUCAUUAUGCACAAAUUUACUUUCCGCCAGCGUACUUUUUUGUUUAUCCUCUCUUUGUAUUCCAUAGUCCCACGUGAAAAUGUUUUUUUUGUUGUUUGUGUCAAAAUCAGGUUAGAGACACUGAAACUUAAUCUUAUAAAUUUGCUAUACAGGGUUAGAAAAUCUUUGUUCCCUUCAUUUUUAAAGAUGUGUAAAAUGACAGCCAUUCUGUCAUAGUGCAUUGGUUUAACUCUCUGGACCUCAAACAGGUAUUUCUGAUACUCCUUGUGAAAUUGAUUGCACUGUUAGUUGAUGGACAUUUAGUGCUGACGGUGUAUCACGCCAAUAACACCAAGUAAUGGGGCUAUAAAGGAAGAGGAAGACCAUGCAAAAGAUGGAUUGAUGGAUUCAAGGGAACUCUGAGAAAUUAUAACGUCUCAACUGAAAAAACUGUAGAGCUGGCCUACCAUAGAAAACUACAUUUACCCUUGGCGCUUAAUGGCAACUGAGGAUUAAAAAAAAAUAAAAAAGUAAAGAUAAGGUGAUUUAUGUUAGGCCGCAACCAUGUCCUGAACUCUCAUAUCAGCUUUUGUGAAAUUGGGUUGUUUGAGAAAUUUUUCCUAGCACCUUGCCCAGUGGGCUAGGUGCUAGGUGGUAAAGAAUAUUGGAUCUUCUGUUUUGAAGAACCUCACUACUCUGUUCAGUUGCACACAGUACCUUACGACAUGAAGUGUAGUUUCUGUUUUGGUGACUCUGGCCUCAUUUUUGACUGGUAAAUCAUCAUAACAUAGUCGCGUUGUUCAAAUAUGAGCUGUGGUGUCUUUCUGAUCUUCACAUGAUUUAUGCCGUCACUGCUGAAAGAGAAGACUGGGGCGACUAUGACUGGAGAAUAGAAAUACUUGUAAAAUAUGCACAUGAGCUCUUUAUUGGUUGUCAGCUUUGAAGUAGACUUAUUACGUAUUGAUGAGUUUGUGUUUACUUUUUCUUUCAUUAUAUAUUAUGUAAGCUUUUAUUUAGUUUUGUUUUAUAGUUGUGUUAUAAAAGUGUGAAACUACAAUGUGAUUUUCAUUUCGAUGUUUUCCGUACUAAUCCUUUUUUUUAAUGAUGUCAUUUGGGUUCUUUUUUUUUUUUUUUCCUUCAAUUUUUAUUCUGUUGUUGUUUUUAUUUAGCGAUAGAAGAAUUGUGAUGUACAUUUUUGAGAGGUUCAUGUUACUCUCACUAAAAGUGUAGUGGCUAAAUGCCUGCUUGGGCAUUGUGACUUCUAAAAGCUGACAUUUUGCUCCCUUCUUCAGUUUGCUUUUGAAUUUUCUGGAGUCUUGUUUUGUGAAAGAAGGGGGCUGUAACUUGGUAUUAAUCUUUUGUUUGGGUAUGGAUCAAAAUGUUUUUCCUGCAGUCUUGUCUUGCAGAACAAUAUAGCAACUCUGUGCUGCUGGAAGGCACCACAGUCGAAUGUGGCCUGAAUUUCCCUUCAUGAUGGAGAACACAAAGCCCCCAUGGACACGAGCAUUUCAAAAUAGGCUACGAAUGUUCAAUGAGCUAUUAGGAGAAGCAAAUGUAUAAACGAAAUGUUAUCCUUUUUUUCUCUAGUUGAGACAUGAGCUUUUCACUUUAGGUUGUUUUCUGGGGGGGUUUUUUUUGGUUGUUUUUUUUUUGGAAAUAAUUUUUAGACUUACAGGAAGAAACUGAUUUUCCUUAUUAUUUGUAUCAUAUUGAGAGGUUCUGGUGUCUUAAAAUCAGUGUUCCAUCACUCAUAGCAACUACACUUACAAGUGUGAUAUAUAAGGUAUGUACAAAUGACUUGAGUCUAACAUUGAAAAAUAGUCCUCACAUAUAUUCAAUAUUUUAUACAGAUUUUUGACUUUUUCAUAUUUUUCAGGUUUACAGCCUGUCAGCCAUCAUCAUAGUUUUUCUGCCCUGAUAUAUAUGGAUAGUUGGCUGUGUGUGGUCCACCCCUAGGGCUUUGUUCAGUUCUGUUAUAUAUUUUAUACUGUCCUUAUGUACGUUCUGAAAAGUGUGGCUGUUUUUUGUGCUGAUUUGCUUCAGACGACUCAACAGAUGACGCUGACAUGAAACAAGUGCUAGUUGUGAACUUCUUGUUGUGCUGCCUGGCCUUAGAGCUGUGUUAACCAUUC